AUGGGUUCUCAGGAUCUUUUGACAUUCAGAGAUGUGGCCAUAGAAUUCUCUCGGAAGGAGUGGGACUGCCUGAACCAGACCCAGCGCUCGUUAUACAGGGAUGUGAUGCUAGAGAACUACAGGAACCUGGUUUUCUUGGCAAUGUCAUCUAAUGACACAGAAGGCCUUUUGCUAAAGAAGUACAUAGACGAUUCAUUCAAGAAUGUGAUGCUGAAACGAUAUAGAAGCUGUCAGGGAAUUGACACUGGGGAGAAAUCCACCAAAUGUCAAGAUUGUGGGAAGGUCUUGCGAGAUUUGUCAUAUCUAAGGAGACAUAAGGUCAUUCAUUCUGGAGCAAGGCCCUACAAGUGUGGAAAAUGUGGCAAAACCUUUAAAUGGGCUACAAGCUUUAAACAGCAUCAGCAGCAUCACAGUGGUGAGAAGCCUUACAAAUGUAAAGAAUUCAGUAAAUCCUUCAGUUACUCCACAGGUCUGGCUGUGCAUUAUAGAACACAUACUGGAGAGCAGCCUUAUACAUGCCAACAAUGUGGCAAACUUUUUUACCAGAAGGGAAAUCUGGUUAUACAUCAGAAAAAUCAUUCUGGAGAGAAACCUCACAUAUGUAAAGAAUGUGGGAAAGCUUUUAUCCGAUACACAGACCUUAUUCAGCAUGAGAUGAUCCAUUCUGGAUAUAGACCUUACAAAUGUGAAGAAUGUGGAAAAGCCUUUAGCCGAUACUCAACCCUUAUUCCACAUCAGAGAAUUCAUUCCGGAGAGAAGUCUCACCAAUGCAAAAAAUGUGGCAAAGCCUUUAACUGGAAAUCACACCUGACUCGACAUGAGAGGUUUCAUUCUGAUCAGAACCCUCACAAGUGUGAGGAAUAUGGCAAGGCCUUUAAACAGUACUCAGAUCUUACUCGACAUCAGCGAAUUCAUUCUGGAGAGGUAAAGAUGAAUGUAGGAACUUCUUAG